AUGUGGCAAGGACGUGGACCUGGACUGGUCGUGGACGUGGACGUGGACGUGAGACGUGGACACGUGGACGUGGACGUGGACGUGGACCUGGACGUGGACUUGGACGUGGACUUGGACGUGGACUUGGACGUGGACAUGGACGUGAAGGACGUGGACGUGGACGUGGAGGACGUGGACGUGGACGUGUGCAAGGACGUGGACCUGGACGUGGUUGUGGACGUGGACGUGGACGUGGACAUGGAGGACGUGGACUUGGACGUGGACGUGGACGUGGUCGUGGACAUGGACGUGGACGUGGACGUGGAUCUUGACGUGGACCUGGACGUGGACGUGGACCUGGACAUGGACGUGGACGUGGACGUGGACGUGUUCGUGGACGUGGACAUAGACGUGCACUUGGACGUGGACCUGGACCUGGACCUGGACGUGGACUUGGACGUGGACGUCGUGGACGUGGACGUGGACGUGGACGUGGACGUGGACGUGGACCUGGACCUGGACGUGGAUGUGGACGUGUACCUAGACGUGGACGUGGACUUGGACGUGGACGUGGACAUUGACGUGGACGUGGAGGACGUGGACGUGGACAUGGAGGACGUGGACGUGGACGUGGACUUGGACGUGGACCUGGAUCUGGACGCGGACGUGGACGUGGACGUGGACGUGGACCUAGACGUGGACGUGGACGUGGACGUAGACAACGUGGACCUGGACGUGGACGUGGACGUGGACGUGGACAUGGUCGUGAACGUGGACUUGGACGUAAACCUGGACGUGGACGUGGAGGUGGACGUGGACCUGGACGUGGACGUGGACUUGGACGUGGACGUGGACGUGGACGUGAUCGUGGACUUGGACGUGGACGUGGUCGUGGACGUGGACGUGGUCGUGGACGAGGACGUGGACGUGGACGUGGACCUCGACAUGGACGUGGACGUGGACGUGGACAUGGAUGUGGACCUGGACCUGGACGUGGACGUGGACGUGGACGUGGACGUGGACGUGGUCGUGGACGUGGACGUGGACGAGGACGUGGUCCUGGACGUGGACGUGGACGUGGACGUGGACCCGGACGUGGACUUGGAGGUAGACGUGGACCUUGACGUGGACUUGGACGUGGACGUGGACCUGGACGUGGACUUGGACGUGGACGUGGACGUGGAAGUGGACGUGGUUGUGGACAUGGACGUGGACGUGGACGUGGACGUGGUCGUGGACGUGGACGUGGACGUGGUCGUGGACGUGGACGUGGACGUGGACGUGGUCGUGGACGUGGACGUGGACGUGGACGUGGACGUGGUCGUUGACGUGGACGUGGACGUGGACCUGGACGUGGACGUGGUCGUGGACGUGGACGUGGACGUGGACGUGGUCGUGAACGUGGACGUGGACAUGGACGUGGACUUGACGUGGACCAGGACACGUGGACUUGGACGUGGAUGGGACGUGGACGUGGACGUGGACGUGGUUGUGGACGUGGACGUCGACGUGGACGUGGAUCUGGACCUGGACGUGGACGUGGAGGUGGAUGUGGACCUGGACGUGGACGUGGACGUAGACAAGGACGUGGUCGUGACCGUGGACAUGGACGUAAAUCUGGACGUGGACGUGGAGGUGGACGUGGACCUGGACGUGGACAUGGGACUUGGACGUGGACGUGGACGUGGACGUGUCCGUGGACGUGGACGUGGACGUGUCGUGGACGUGGACGUGGUCGUGGACGUGGACGUGGACCUCCACAUGGACGUGGACGUGGACAUGGAUGUGGACCUGGACGUGGACGUGGACGUGGAUGUGGACGUGGACGUGGUUUGUGGACGUGGAAGUGACGUGGACGUGGACGUGGUCGUGGACGUGGACGUGGACGUGGACGACGUGGUCGUGGACGUGGACGUGGAUGUGGACGUGGUCAUGGACGUGGACGUGGUCGUGGACGUGGACGUGGACGUGGACCUCGACAUGGACGUGGACGUGGACGUGGACUUGGACGUGGACGUGGACGUGGACGUGGACGUGGACGUGGACGUGGUCGUGGACGUGGACGUGGACAUGGACGUGGACGUGGACGUGGACGUGGACGUGGACGUGGUUUUGGACGUGGACCUGGACCUCGACGUGGACGUGCACGUGCACGUGGACCGUGGACGUGGACGUGGACGUGGACGUGGCAAGGACGUGGACCUGGACGUGGUCGAAGACGUGGACGUGGACGUGGACAUGGAUGACGUGGACGUGGAUGUGGACGUGGUCGUGGACGUGGACGUGGACGUGGAGGUGGACGUGAACGUGGACUUGGAUGUGGACGUGGACCUGAACGUGGACCUGGACGUGAACGUGGACGUGGACAUGGACGUGGACUUGGACGUGGACGUGGAUAUGGACGUGGACGUGUCGUGGAUGUGGACGUGGACGUGGACGUGGUCAGUGGACAUGGACUUGGACUUGGACGUGGACGUGGAUGUGGACGUGGACGUGGACCUGGACCUGGACGUGUACCUGGACUUGGACGUGGACUUGGACGUGGACGGUGUGACGUGGUCGUGGACGUGGACGUGGACCUGGACGUGGACGUGGACUGACGUGGACGUGGACGUGGACGUGGACGUGGACGUGGACGUGGACGUGGACGUGGACGUGGACGUGGACUUGGAUUUGGACGUGGACGUGGACGUGGACGUGGACGUGGACGUGGACGUGGACGUGGACGUGGACGUGGACGUGGACGUGGACUUGGACGUGGACGGUGACGUGGACGAGGACGUGGACGUGGACGUGGACGUGGACGUGGUCGUGGACGUGGACGUGGAUGUGGACGUGGACGUGGACGUGGACUGGACGUGGACGUGGACAUGUGGACGUGGACGUGGACGUGGUCCUGGACGUGGACGUGGACGUGGACGUGGACCUGGACGUGGACGUGGACAUGGACGUGACCUGGACGUGGACGUGGACCUGGACGUGGACGUGGACGUGGACGUGGACGUGGUCGUGGACGUGGACGUGGACGAGGACGUGGACCUGGACGUGGACGUGGACGUGGACUGGACGUGUUGUGGACAUGGACGUGGACGUGGACGUGGACGUGGUCGUGGACGUGGACGUGGACGUGGUCGUGACGUGGACGUGGACGUGGACGUGGUCGUGGACGUGGACGUGGACGUGGACGUGGACGUGGUCGUGGACGUGGACGUGGACGUGGACCUGGACGUGGACGUGGACGUGGACGUGGACGUGGACGUGGACGUGGUCGUGAACGUGGACGUGGACAUUGACGUGGACUUGGACGUGGACCAGGACGUGGACAUAGACGUGGACGUGGACGUGGACGGGACGUGGUCGUGGACGUGGACGUGGACGUGGAAAGUCGUGGACGUGGACGUGGACCUGACGGACGUGGACGUGGACGUGGAGGACGGACGUGGAUGUGGACGUAGACGUGGACUUGGACGUGGACGUGGACGUGACGCGGACGUGGACCUGGAUCUGGACCUGGACCUGGAUGUGGACGUGACGUGGACGUGGAUGGGAUGUGGACGUGGACGUGGACGUGGACGUAGAGGACGUGGUCGUGAACGUGGACAUGGACGUAAAUCUGGACGUGGACGUGGACGUGGACCUGGACGUGGACGUGGACUUGGACGUGGACGUGGACGUGGACGUGGUCGUGGACGUGGACGUGGACGUGGUCGUGGACGUGGACGUGGUCUGGACGUGGACGUGGACCUCCACAUGGACGUGGACGUGGACAUGGAUGUGGACCUGGACGUGGACGUGGACGUGGAUGUGGACGUGGACGUGGUUGUGGACGUGGAAGUGGACGUGGACGUGGACGUGGUCGUGGACGUGGACGUGGACGUGGACGUAAACCUAGACGUGGACGUGGAGGAGGACGUGGACCUGGACGUGGACUUGGACGUGGACGUGGACGUGGACGUGGUCGUGGACGUGGACGUGGACGUGGACGUGGUCAUGGACGUGGACGUGGUCGUGGACGUGGACGUGGACGUGGACCUCGACAUGGACGUGGACGUGGACGUGGACUUGGACGUGGACGUGGACGUGGACGUGGACGUGGACGUGGUCGUGGACGUGGACGUGGACAUGGACGUGGACGUGGACUUGGACGUGGACGUGGACGUGGACGUGGACCUGGACGUGGUCGAAGACGUGGACGUGGACAUGGAGGACGUGGACGUGGAUGUGGACGUGGUCGUGGACGUGGACGUGGACGUGGAGGUGGACGUGAACGUGGACUUGGAUGUGGACGUGGACCUGAACGUGGACUGGACGUGA